CUUGGUCAUGGCUCAGCAAAGUGGCCAGGCAAAUUGCUCUCAUGUGAUUGAUGACAGUCAUGUCCCAGAGUUCGAGGUUGCGCUGUGGAUCAAGAUCACUCUUGCCUUCAUCUACAUCUUUAUCUUUGUCGCAGGGAUCCUGGGCAACACUAUCACCAUCCAGACCACCAAAGUGCUGCAGAGGAAAGGCUAUCUGCUGAAAGAGGUCACUGACCAUAUGGUGAGCUUGGCUUGUUCCGACUUGCUGGUCAUCCUGCUGGGGAUGCCUGUGGAGUUCUUCAGCAUUAUCUGGAGUCCCUUCUCCACCCCAAACGGCAACGUGGCCUGCAAGCUGUACUCCUUCCUCUUUGAGGCCUGCAGCUAUGCCACCAUACUGCACGUGGCCACCCUCAGCUUCGAGAGGUACGUUGCCAUCUGCCACCCUUUCAAGUUCAAGGCUGCCUCUGGACCCCAUAAGGCCAAGAUACUCAUUGCCUUUGUCUGGGUCAUCUCCAUCCUGGUGGCCCUGCCCCUUCUCUUUGCAAUGGGCACUGAAUACCCCCUAGAAGUUGUCCAGGGUCACCGAAGGGUGACUGCCUGUAACACGCCUACCUCCAGACACAGCUGGCCUAACCUGAUGAGCAAUGUCACUAUAUGUACAAAUCUUUCUUCCAAGUGGACUGUCUUCCAGUCCAGCAUCUUCAGCGCCUUCAUUGUGUACAUUGUGGUGCUGAUAUCGGUGGCUUUCAUGUGCCGCAGCAUGAUGAAAACUCUGAUGAUCCUCAAGAAAGGGACUGUGAUGGUUCAGGGGGUACAAAGUCACCAGGAGCAGUAUCUAAGGAAAAAUGAAAGCAUCGAGGGCAAGAACUCCAGGAAACAGACCAUCCUCUUCCUAGGACUGAUUGUUGCCACUCUGGCAAUAUGUUGGAUGCCAAAUCAGAUUCGAAGGAUCAUGGCUGCUGCUAAACCUAAGCAGGACUGGACUGUGCCCUACUUCAGAGCAUAUAUCACCCUUCUUCCCAUUGCAGACACCUUCUUUUACUUCAGUUCUGUGGUAAACCCACUCCUGUACAACAUCUCUUCUCAGCAGUUCCGAACCGUAUUUGUACAGGUCCUCCGUUGCCAUCUGACGAUAGAACAUGCCAACAAACAGAAGCUUCUGAGAGCCAAUUUAAAUUCUCGAACCAGCAGUAGCCGUUUUAUGCGUCCAUUGAUCUUCAUUUCAACUAAGCGCAAUUCUUCUAGAAAGAGCCCUGUUUUCUUAAGUACUUUUCAGAAUGAGACCAAACCUGACUGCAGUCCACAGAAAUUGAAUCUUGAAUCACCGGAGAGCAACUUGGAAAUAAUGCCACUAGAGACUAAUUUAGAGUCCAGUCCAGCUGCACAGAAUGGCCUUCAUGAACACGAAAUGUGACUCCAUGUAAGGCAAAGUUAGAUGACUAGCAAUAAACAUAGCAUGGAAAUUAAAAUAACUGAGGAUCUAGAAACUGAACAAUCAACUAUAUCUUCUUUAAGUGCUGUUUCUGAUAGACUUGUUUCCAAUUACACAAAUGGAGCAUGAGUUUUUGUGUGCCAUUUGUUUUUUAAAGUGCACACUAGAAAUUCAAUCAGACAACUGAAUUUAUUAGUUGCUGACCAAAAGAAAAAAAACAGAGCGAGGAAGGCGAUUCUUGGACCAAACUCUUCUUUAGCAGGAUGGCAACAAAAGAACAGCAGGGUCUUUGAAGAAUGUGGGACGUGGAACAAAUAAUGCCAGGACAAA